ACGUUCUUCUAUUUCAACAGGGCCAAACCACACAAGCCAUAGCGCUCGCUUCUCCCCCACCCCCCCGCGAGCUACCCCCGGCCUCCCCGCACCCCCGGCUCGCGGGGCGGUGCUCGGGGUUGCCCCCGCCAUGCGCCCUCCCAAUGCGCCGCCGCCGCCGCAUCUCCAAGAAAAUCACCAGCUGAUUCGUCAGCAGCCGCAGAAUGAACCUGAACUUGAUGAAGAGAUGCCCCUACUAGUGUCACCGCCGCUGCCGCCGCCACCGCUGAGGAACCGAUCGUCUAUAUACAAGCAGAAAUCGUGGUCUCCCGACAUGUUCCGGGAGGAGGCGUGGCUCCGGCGCAAGGGGAACGUCAAGAACCGCCAGAGCAAGAGCGUCACGGACGAGGACCUCGACGAGCUCAAGGGAUGCAUAGAACUCGGGUUCGGGUUUGACUCGCCGGAGGCCGUGGACGACCGCCUGUCGGACACUUUGCCGGCUCUAGGGUUCUACUACGCCGUGACGAAGCAGAACAGCGGGAGCAUCCCGAGACCGGCGGACGCAUCCCUCUCGACCUCUUCGGAUUGCGACAGCGACGUCGGCAGCCCCCACGCCAUAUGCGGCCCCAAAUCAAGAAGAUGCAUAAAACAUCUGUGCAGGCGAUGAUCCUCAGGUGGUGAAGACAAGGUUGCGACAGUGGGCGCAGAUAGUUGCUUGUUCGGUGCGGCAAUCGUCUUCCUAAGCUACCGCCAUUGAUGUCAUCCUCCAUUACAGCUCGAGGUUAAAGCUUGAACUCAACCAGAGUCGUCACAAGGCAAAACCCAUGUGCCUCGACCCAACCUGUGCUUAGAAUAUUAAUUUCUCGCGCCGACCUUGCUUGCUUAGAAGGGUUUUACAUUAAAUUAGUUGGAAGAAGAAAAGGUGAUAGCUUGUUGUGCUUGUGCUUGUGCUUGUGGGGGACUUUCUUUAAAGUGGUGCUAAACCUUGGUACUGAUGUUUAUUAGCUGUCGGCUCUGCUGUUUUCCUUGUAAGAUGGGCUGGUUUGGCUUAGGGAAAUUGUCAGAAAUUGAGAUGCCUCUUGUUGCGGAGCUGAGUAGGGUUUUCCUUUGUUCUCUCUUUUGGGGUUGCUUAGGAAUCCGUGUUGUGCUUAAUGCUAGAUCCUUUACAAGUUUACAUGGCUUUUGCAAAGGAGGCAAAAGAUGACUUAUUUCUUCUGCUGA